AUGAAGUUAGCUGCUAGUCUCGCGUUCGCUUCGCUUUAUGCAAUGAGCAUUGCUGCUGAUAUCCCCAACUGUGGUGAUAACCUGCCCGCCUGUCCCGAGGAGUACCCAUGCUGCUCGGUCGACGGCACUUGCGGUAAUGGCUAUGUCUGCCUUGGCGGUUGCGACCCUAAAUUCUCUUUCGCGACCGAUUCGUGUAUGCCGCUGCCUGUGUGCCAGUCCGGCAAGACCACCUUCACCUCCACCGACCAGAUUACCCCUUACGCCGACUACAUGGGUGAUGCGGAAAAAAUGCCCUGGUCUUACCUGGGCAACAUCACCACUGAAAACGGUGUCCUGCGUGCUCAGAUGUUCCCCAACACCGGCGGCACUGCUAUCUCUUCCUCCAACCUCGUCUGGUACGGUAAGGUUUCCAUCACAUUCAAGACUUCUUACAGUCCCGGUGUCGUGUCUGACAUGAUCCUGUUGUCCAGCGUCAAGGAUGAGAUCGACUACGAGUUUGUUGGCUCCGAUAUGACCACCGCCCAGACCAACUACUACUGGCAGGGUGCUCUCGUUUACACCAAGGGCCAGAAGACCCCCGUCUCCAGCAACACCAUGGACAAUUUCCACACCUACACUAUCGACUGGCAAGAGGACCAGAUCAACUGGAUCAUUGACGGCCAGACCGUCCGCACUCUCAACAAGCAGGAUACUUAUGAUGCCACUUCCAACACCUACGCCUAUCCUCAGACUCCCGCUCGCGUGCAGUUCGGUUUGUGGCCUGGUGGAGCCUCGAGCCAGCCCGAGGGUACUCGCCAGUGGGCCGGUGGUGAUAUCAACUGGAACAUGGGCGAUCCUGGCUACUAUUAUGUUGAUGUUGAGUCUGUUGAGAUCGACUGCUACGACCCCCCCGCUGGCACCACUCAGACCGGCAACAAGGCCUACGUCUACACUAAUAAAGCCGGUCUCCAGAGCGAUGUUGAGAUUACCAACAACUCCACUAUUUUGCUCAGCACCGACGGUACCGGAACCAACCCUCUGGGCUCCAAGGCUAACAGCAACAGCGGUAACGACACUUCCUCCGACACCUCUGGUGGCAUUCUCUCAGGCAUUCUUACUUCCAGCCACUCUUCUUCCUCCGUUGCUCCUUCUUCGAGCGCUGCUAACUCUUCUACUGCUGCUUCUUCCAGCAUGCAGAGCUCCAGCGCCUCAAACUCCUCUAGUGUUGUCUCCAGCACCGAAGCUAAGAGCAGCUCCGCUGCGGCCAGCUCUUCUGAGGCUGCUUCCUCUGCAGACGAAACCAGCACUUCGGUUUCCUCUGCAGCCCCCAAGACUACUGGCCCCAAGACCGCCACUCCCACUUUGACUGCCGCUGAAACCACCUCCCAGGCUUCUGCCUCCAGCAAGGCUGCUAAUGCUGCUCAGGCAGUUGGUCCCUUGGCUGCUCUUUUCGCCGUUGUCCCCGCUGCGCUCCUGCUCUAA